GAGAGAGAGAGAGAGAGGCGCCUUCAGCAGAAUGGGAGGACAGACACGCUCGUUAAGACCAAGUUGUAGCACCUCUGGUUUGGAGUUUGAAGAUGAGAUACACCUUUACAAAUUUCAAAUGCUGCAGUAACUCCUGACAAACAAUGUCUAAUCCAGCAACAUCUGCACAGAAUGACAGCAUGUCUAUAGAUAAAAGUUCAGGGAUGUGGAGGAGGGGAUGGUGUGCCUCAGCGUCAAAGACUCUUUCGUCAAAUCGUGCUCUGAAGCCCCUGGUUCCCACCCUGUGCCUGGCGGUGGUGAUGUUAUACGGCCUGGCCGACCAGCUCAGAAGCUUUGUGGCCAGCAUCUUCAUCCCACAGUACCACUUCCCGUACGCGGUGGCUCUCUGCUUUGCCCAGGUUCUGAUCUCUCUCUUAGUCUUAAAUCUCCUCCAUGUCCUGGGUCUGGUGCCUCUGAAGCGUUACUCCAGGUCCCUGGGUGAGAAGCUGCUGGUGCCCUCCAUCUGUAACAGCAUCCAUGCUGUGCUGGCCAUGUGGGCCAAGGCCAACAGCACCGAUGCCGGCCUCUUCCCCCUCCUCCUGCCUCUGCUGCCCAUGGUAACUGUUGGUUUCAGUUUCUCUCAGAAGCUGGCAUCCCUUCCAUCCCUCCACAUCUCUGCACUGAUUUCCAUCCUGGGCGGGACAUCUUUUGUCAUCACCGCCUCUCGGGGUCUGUUAGGUGUUGGGCCUCUGGAGUACAUGUAUGCACCUCUGGCUUUAAUCCUCCACAGUCUGUCUCUGACUUGGCUCGCUAAAGUGUCUGAGGCUGACCGCAGACACUCCCCGGAAGCCCAAGCCUCCAUUUUUGACAUCUAUUACGCCCAGCUGAUAAACCAGAGCUGCGUGCUGGGCUUCCUGUGGCUGCUGCACCCAGAAAGUCCCUGGCAGGUGCUGAGUCACAGCAACUGGCAAAGCCUGCUCUUCCAUGGAUACCUGUUCGCUAUCCUGCUGCUGGGCAUGGUGUUGAACUUCCUGGUUGGUAUGUCGGCUCUGUGUGUCUCACCACUUGCUGCUGCUCUGCUACACUCAGCAAGGCAGCUGGUGCAGCCGUUCCUCCAGAUUUUGUAGUUUCACUUGGACGGAGUAAGAAAAUGACUUUCUCUGACACGUUCUCUGGUGUUCGUGCCCCAAAUUUACCUUAGUGAUGAUUGUGACGUGUUGUCCGUAGUAAUAUGACGUUGUUUACGUUUUAAUUUAUGUAACCGUGAUGUUGAUGUUGUUGUGCUGCCUAAACCUAAGCAAUGGUUUAAGUUUACACAUGUUUACUGCCACCGUGAGCUGGCCUCUCCAGUGCUUUGUUAAGUUACGCAAAGAGGUCUGACAAAGCUACGUCACCGUAACCCAACCUGAGCCACUUAGAUAAAAUACAGAUUAUUAGCAGAGCGUCAAACUGUAACCAUGACAGCAUUUUGUAAAUGCAGAACAGGCUAAUGAUUCACAGUUGGAAGGAAGAUCAGUUUCUGACUUUUUCCUUCUCUUUUUUUGUUUUAGAUGACAGGUUUACUUAAUCAAGUCAACAUCUUUUGGAAUAGUUUUGAUACUCUACAUAUUUAUUUUAAAUACUAACAUGUACUCCAUUUUGCUAGUGGCCUUUUGACCCAACUGGUAUAUGUGACAUCAUUUACUGAACAUUAUUUAAGAUUAACGUAUUUAAAUUCGCACGUUCACCCUUGAAUGAUUCUGACAGAUUUUUCAGAUGAGAAGGGACGAGGAUGAGUAGCGUGUUUAUUUGUACUGGACACAGACUGUUGAGAAUUCUUUGAUGCGUUCCCUUAACUGUGUUCAAAAUAUCUUAACUCACUGACUGAAUUAAUUUUUAACCAGAGGUUUGUAGAGGUUGUUGCCCUUGAAUGAAUCUGACCCAGUUAUUCAGAUGAGAAGGGAUCACAAUGAGUAAAAAGUGAAAUGGUGCCGACAUCGAUCUCCUUUGAGUCUUCUUUAAGUUAUUACCAGUAGCUUAGUUGUCUUUAUUAAAGAAUAUGCCUUUAUUAUUAUUCAAUUAGCUUCCUCAAAAUAUUUAUUUUAAUUUUAAAACAUUACACAUAAUUAAACUAAUAUGCUAAUAAAGAAUCUGUAUACAUUUAAUAAACUGAAAUGACACUGAUAUAAGACUUUAUUUCCAAAAAUAUUUAUUGUGUCUAGCAUCCAAAUUUAAGUGCCGUCAAACAAACAAACCAGCAGUACAAACACCAACAUUACACAAAGCUGCAGGUAUUAAAAAUCCUCAAUAAACCCGAUCAAAUGGAAACGUCAUUACUUGCUGAGAUCACUUUUUCUGUAGGCUUGAGUUCUGCUUCAUCCUGCCUUUGCCUUUAAAGCUCAAAUGUGCUUUUAAGAUGAUUUUUGGGGCAUUUUUCAUCUUAAUAUGAUGGAGGAAAGUGGAAGAGAGACUGGAAAUUGGGGAGAGAGAAAGAGAGAGAGAGAGCGGGUUUGACCACUGGGUGAUCCCAAAUUAUUUUCCAACUAAAUACUAGCUCAAGACUGUCAGUGACUUAGUUUGUUAAAUUAAGGAACGUGAAAUAAAACUCCACGUAAAGAUUCAUGGCAACACCGACAUACAAUCUGUAUUAAUACUGCAACCCAAACUGAAGAUGUACACAUUUAUUUUUACGCUGCCAUGAACAUGUCCCAAUAACACAUAAUUGAUGGGGGAUGUCCUACAUUUUUUUUUAUAAACAACUGUAAACUACAAACAAUGUAGGUUUAAACAAAUUCAAAAAGAUUUUGCUUUUGUUUUAUGAUGUAGGAAAUGUACCCAACUUGUUUUUCAUUGCUAAACAAUGCAGUAUUACAGUGCAGAGAAUACAUUCCAGUGAGAAACAUUGAAUGUAAACCAUGUUUGUUCUCAAUAAAAGUUCUAACAGGA